GUCGUUGGAUGACUUCCACCUUUACAGCGAAGUGCACUGUUGCAACAGCGUACGCGACGUUUGUUCAACAGAUCAGGACAUGCAGAAACAGUUCAUAAUAAUAAUUCCUUUAACAAGUUUGGACAGGAGCAGACUCCCACUGAUGGUGAUGUAAAUAACUCCAUUCCUAGCUGGGAUUUAAACACCGCCUGUUUGUUUGUGCGUGUGUGCGCGCGCGCGCGUGUGUCUUGACACUUUUUAUGUUGCUCCACCUCCAUUGCCUUGAAUUUAAGUCGCAAUAUUCAGCCGCAGUGAAGCAGUUUCUCAAGAGGAAGCAGGCAGUAGGCGGACUGUUCUUUUAGUGAGGAGAAACGGAAAGAUCGAUCGAUUGACGAUGGCAGAGAAUAAUAAGAUGGGCCCAAACCUCCAGGCUGGAGCUGGAUUCCUCGCCAAACGGGUCCAGAAGUCUUUAAAUCGAGCUCAGGAGAAGGUCCUUCAAAAACUGGGCAAAACCAUGGAGACCAAGGAUGAACAGUUUGAGCUAUGUUUCCAGAGCCUCAACAAACAGCAGAUCGAUGGAAGUAGGUUGUUUAAAGACGUCAAAGCCUACCAUGCGGCAGUAAAAGCCGUGCAUGAGACGUCCAAGCGACUGUCCCAGACGUUGCGAGACAUCUACGAACCAGACUGGAAUGGAGGGGAGGACCUUGCUGUCAUUACAGAAAGUGAAGACUUGCUGUGGAACGACUACGAAGAGAAACUAAGUGACCAGAUAGUCCGCACCAUGGAGAACUAUACAAGCCAGUUCCCUGAGGUCAAGGAACGGGUUGCCAAACGCGGUCGCAAGCUGGUGGACUACGAUUCAGCACGUCACCACCUGGAAGCGCUCCAGAGUGCCAAGAAAAAGGAUGAAGGCAAAAUAACAAAGGCAGAGGAAGAGUUCAACAAAACCCAGAAUGUCUUUGAAGAAAUAAAUAACGAGCUGAGGGAGGAGCUGCCUGUUCUCUAUCAGAGCCGGAUAGGUUGCUAUGUGACGGUGUUCCAAAACGUAUCAAACCUGAGAGAUGUCUUCUAUAAGGAAAUGAGCGUGCUGAACCGUGAGCUGUACAACGUGAUGAAGAAACUGGAGACGCAACACUCGGGAAAAGCUUUCAUCAUCAAGGGUCUGAACAGCACGUCAAGCAAGUCAAAGAAGAGAAAGUCCCUGGUUAUCUCCAAUCCCAUCCCUUGCAACACAGCUUUCCCAACCGACCACGUCUCCAUGCACUCUUCCACCGAAAAUGGAAAAGACGCCGUUCCCUCUUCCCCUGUCCAACGAACUGAAAGCAUCUCUGAAGAAACCGGCCCGCCAGAAGAAAGUAGCAUCUCAUCCAAAGAUGUCAACUCGUCAGACUCCGAUCUCAGCUCCAGCGGCGCCAACACACCUAAGAGGCUGUCAGUAUGUGACAAUGACAACAGCGACCGAAGCACAGGGAGUCAAAGUCCUGAGGAGGUGGACGCAGCGGCAGACGCAGCGGCAGACGCAGACGUAGACGCAGACGCAGACGCAGACGCAGAAGCUGAAGCUGAACUUGCGACAAACCAGUCAGAUGACUCCGGGGUGAGUGUACCAAAGUCAGAGGCGGGAAGUCAGGAAGCAUCCAAUCCCUCUGAUUCUGCAGAUAGUGCCCCACAGAGUCCAGAGCAGGAGAAUGUGAGUGAUCCACCCUCAGAGAAGGCAAAGCCCAAACCUGUACCGGUUCCUGCCCCUCGCGUCUCCUUCCACUCCAAAGAGAGACCCCCCCUCUUACCCGCUAAGGAGCAGGAGGAGACGGACGAGGAAGCAUCAGUCAACCAGGAGACAGCUGACUCAGGCCAUGACUCCAGUUCCCACAAUCCACCAGGCUUCCUAUAUAAGGGGGUGGCAUUAGAGAGCCAUGCAGCGUCUGAAGACGGCCUGCUCCAGUUUGAACAGGGAGACAUCAUCCUGGUGCUUGCUGACACUCAAGAGCAGGAAGGCCUGGUGAAGGGGAUCAGGGAGGAGAGCUGGAACCAGCACAGGGAACUACAAAACCACUCUGGGAUCUUCUCGGAAAAACUCCUCCGGCCUGUUCAGGCAGAGUGAGGCAAUAGUUGCUCCUCGGUCUGUAAUUCUGCCUUCUUCCUUUUGAGCAGUUGGUGACUCACACACUUCCUUCACACAUACACACACCCACACACAGAGGGAGUGAACCCAUCUGUUGUGGGUGCAGAAGCUGUACAAACAGAUGAGCACAAGUCCCACGUGGUGCCUCACAUGCUACGAUGUUGCAACUUGUGGAACAAAAGUGACCGCGCUUUAGAACCUUUUGCAAGUUUGGAUUGUUAGAUGUUACAGUAUUUUGCUCUUUUUGUAUUUUCAAAGUCUUUCUGUGAAACACUGUGAAGCAAAAAAUGUUUUUUAUGCAGAUGAUGCAAUGAUCUUGUGUAAAAUUUCCAAAUAAAGUUCUAAAAUAAA